AGCUGCCACAUGAAAACGACCACAUCACAUACAUGUACCACAGUAGAGACAGCAGCGGUGCCCAUGUCGUGGAACCAGAGGGAAGGGAUAUGGAGUUCAACCCAGACCAAAUAACAUUCCUGGAAGAACUAGGGGAGGGCCAGUUCGGGAAAGUCCACAAGGCAAAAGCGCACUUCGUCCAUGAUCAAGCAAGGUCGUCGACGAUGAUCGUUGCUGUCAAAACUGUGAAAGCCCACGCCUCAUCUGAAGUUCGGGACGACGUGUUGAAGGAACUGAGGAUGAUGAUGCGACUGCUGGACCCACACCCAAAUGUCGUCACACUGCUAGGGUACUGUACAAAAUCAGAUCCGGUCAUGCUGGUAGUUGAAUACGUGCCCAACGGAGAUCUCUUGUCGUUCUUGAGGAAUGACCGAGCCGCACGGAACGUGACGUACGCAAACCUGCACACGGAGAGCAGGACCCUGCAGAACACUGACCUCAUCUCAUUCGCCUGGCAGGUGUCCAAGGGAAUGUGUUAUCUAGCGUCCAAACAGUGCAUCCACAGAGAUCUUGCAGCCAGAAACGUUCUAGUAGGGAAGAACAAGACGUGUAAAGUAUCGGACUUCGGUCUGGCAAGGGAUGGACCAGAAUACAAGAAAGUUAAAGAUUCACCCCUCCCCCUACGCUGGAUGGCUCCAGAGACUCUGUCCAUAGAAAGGCUCUACACGACCAAAAGCGAUGUGUGGUCUUUUGGUGUGCUGCUUUACGAAAUUGUUACAUUAGGUUCCACACCGUAUCCUACCAUGUCAGCACAGCAGGCUGCUUUGGAGGUUCAAAUGGGGAUGAUAUUACAGAAGCCAACGCACUGCACAGGCGAUCUAUAUUUCAUCAUGGAGAACUGUUGGCAUUUCUUACCUGACGAGAGACCUCCCUUUUCUGAGCUCUCGGCUGCUUUAUCAAGGCUAGUAGUGGAUGAGAAGGAUCACAUCAUGCUGAAUCAGUACGACGAGCAUCAAUACGCCAACCUGGAGCGGUCAGCUGAAGAGGUCUGCUAGUAACAUCAAAUGUUAUCUACAAACAUUGCUACAUUACAUUAUCAGUAAACAUUGAACCCUGUAUGUAUCCAUGACUAUUGCAAUAAAGACGAAAAGCCAUUCUAUUUUGUUGCAUGUUGUUGCUUUUUUGCUAAGUCCCUGCCAUUUGUUAAGAGUUGAG